AUGCGUUUUGCCACUGCAAGAUUCCUUCGCCGCUGCGAAGAGCCGAAAAGCAGCGCUGCCUCCCGUCCUACUUAAGGGAGGUUGAAGAGACAUAGAUACAUACAUUAGCGAUUGAAUUAAUUACUCAUAAUGAUGAUUAAACUAGUUUAAUGUCGUUGUUGCUCACCGGCUGGACUUGGAUUCUCUCGGAAAUUUCGUCUCCACCCCACCAUGUCCAAUCACCUCCUUAACAAACAAGAGCAUCUUUCUCCCACGGAGAUUCCAAUGCUCCCUUUUCUUUAUUCCCUUUCCUCGCACUUUCCUCAGCUUUCUCGCCCACUUGUUUCUCCAUAAAAUCAUCCUUUGUUUCCGUCCUUAAUUCCUUCCUUUCUCCUUCCUCUUUAGCCCUCUCAGAUCUGUUCUCUCUCGCUCUCUCUCUCGCUCUGAGUUUGUUCAGAGGUUCUGCUGGUUUGACCUCAAUAGAGCCCCUGCUCUGCUUUCCUCUGUUUCUCUAGGCAGCACACUGUCUGGUACGAUUCUUCGCCUGAGCCAAAUUUAGCUUCUUUGCAGCUGAAACUUGGUCUGUCGGGAUCUUUACACAAAAUCCAUCUGUCCAAUCGCUUGAAAACCUUUGUUAUUCACGAAAAAGAUCUGGUCUUUGUUCAGAUCUGUGGCUGUUUUUGAUCCGCUGUUGGAGAAAUCCUUUCCCACUUCCGUUCAGGUAUUGAUGCAUAUGUUGUGUCCCUGAUGUUUUUCAUCCAUGUCUCCGGUUCUCAGUGAAAUCCUCCUUUCCGGGUUGAUGAUCAGUUCUUCAAUCAGACGCAGGACCCACUUAGUUCAAUCUUUCUCUGUUCGAUUCCUCUACUGGUUCUAUGUUUUCUCAUAAAUAGUCUCUACUUCGUUUCUAGCCUAUAUUACACAGCUAAUAUCAAUAUUGAUUUAUAUACAUAAGCCGAACAAAUUAUUAUCAUCUGGGUCCUGCGUCUCACAACAUCUUUAAAUCAAAAUAAAAAAGAAUUCGAUCCCUCUUCUAUUGUCGUAAAAUUAUCCUAAAUCUGCUCGGCCGAAAAGAGAUUAUUUGAUGGCUUCGUCGAGCGGGAAUUCCUCGAGCACCGCCCGGCCUCAGAACUCUGGGUCGGAGGGCGAGCCGCAGCAGCUCCGCAUGGACCAGAGGAAGAGGAAGAGGAUGGAGUCGAACCGCGAGUCGGCAAGGCGGUCGAGGAUGCGGAAGCAGAAGCACCUGGAUGACCUCACAUCCCAAGUGACUCGGCUGCUGAAGGAGAAGAACCAGAUCCUGACGGGCAUCACCGUCGCCACACAGCACCUGGUCAACGUCGAGUCGGAGAACGCUGUUCUGGGGGCUCAGAUGACGGAGCUGAGCCACAGGCUCGAUUCGCUCAACGAGAUCCUGAACUCCAUCUUCCAAUCCAGGGGUCUCGAGACCGGUCAAGGCCUUGAUUUGGGUUCUCCCUACGACGGCUUCUUCAUGGGUCCUAUGAAUUUGGGUUGCGUGAGCCACCCAAUCAUGGCAGCUUCAGACGUGUUUGAGUGCCGAUGAUUGGUUGGUCUAUCUGGGUGGUGGUUGAUGACUUUCUUGAAGUUAAAUAAUUAGGGUUGAUUAGGUAAAAUGGCUUAGGUGGGUAUCUUAAAUGUGACUGUCUGAUAAAUGUCAAUGUCAAUGCUGUCUAGGCAAUUGGGGUUGUUUUUUUUUUUUAUCUUUAUUGGUGUUUUGUGGGUUUGUGUCAUGUGAAUGGCUUCGACUGGCAUAGUGACAUGAUGUGAAGGUUUUUGGGGUUGUAUGAGGUCAAUAUCGUCCUAUAAUAUGUAUUGCGUACUUUUUAUUUGUUACUGAUACUGAUAUCUCGGCUCGA